AUGUUUGCAGAAUCGCCUGCCAUGGAAGAUGUUUCGAUAACCAUUCGUGCCGACAAUAUCUACAGAACAUAUGCGACUGGCCAGGAUCCUGCGGCUCUGUUCAACAAAGCAAUCUCCUACAUGGAGAGCGUGAAGUCUAUUUCACGGAGCGAGGAGGAACAAGCCCUUAUUCGCAGCGAGGUUGAAGCCAUGAUGAUGCAUGCCAUUUUUGGAAGCAACACAAUCGAACAUGCUGGCCUCAAUCUUGACAUCACUCUCCACCUGUGUCGCAAGAUUUUGCGUGGCGAAGACGUUGGAGAAAUCGACGAACGCACACCAGGAUACAUCGCAAAGCUGGCAGACAUUUAUCGCAUCGAUCCUCCCCUAAAAGAAAAGUCUGUUCAACUUGUACUCAGAGGCCGACGGGAGAUCGUCCAACACGUGAAAGCAUUUCAACAUCUGAUUCAAAACUUUGCGAUUGAAAAGAAACCAAUGACCGAAGAACUUAUCAAGGAAACGCAUCGGAUCCUUUGCAAAGGCGUCCCAGUAGUUCACCGAGUGGGUCCCGAGACCCCAUAUGAACAGUAUGCUGGACUUUAUCGCAAGGAAAUUGUCGGAGCUGGCAACACGAAUUUCGUGGUUCCCCAUCACGUCCCGUCCAAAAUGGCAAAACUCUGCGUCGAUUUAGAACAAGACAUCGACAAAGCUGAAGCAAGCAAGAGCGUUGACCCAUUCUCUCUCGCUUCAAAGUACUCUCUGGAAUUUGUACAAAUCCAUCCAUUCUUGGAUGGAAAUGGCCGCAUGUGUAGACUGAUUCUCAACGUCAUUCUUUUCCGGUUCACGGGCAUUUUUGUGGCCAUCGGAGAGCGGGAGUCCGACAGAGACGAAUACAUGAACAUAAAAAAACGAUCUUCACAAACAAUGGAGGGCCACGGAGAAUACGCUACUUUUGUCCUGGACAAAGGAAUGAAGAGCUUCAGGAAGAUCAAGCAGAAGCUGCAUGGCAAGAGAUAG